AUGGCGAGCUCUCUGCAACGCUUAUCGAGCCAUGCUCGUCUUCUCCGAACCUCGGUUGCCUCAGGGUCCAGACCAUUCUCGGCCGACGCUUUGGUUGAGUACAUGCCAGGCGAGAUCGGGAAGGUCUCUGGCAUUCCAGACGAGCAUCUUCGCAGGAGGGUUGUAAUAUACUCACCUGCACGAACUGCGAGUCAGCAAGGAUCAGGGAAAGUUGGGAAGUGGAAAAUCAACUUUGUGUCCACACAAAAGUGGGAGAAUCCAUUGAUGGGCUGGACUUCAACUGGUGACCCGUAUGCCCAUGUUGGCGAUUCAACACUGGGUUUUGACAGCGAAGAAGCUGCAAAGUCCUUUGCAGAGAGACAUGGUUGGGAUUAUGUGGUUAAAAAGCGGCAAACGCCAUUAUUGAGGGUGAAGGCGUAUGCAGACAACUUCAAGUUUAAGGGCCUCCCUAAAACUGAGGAGGCUUGA